GGAGGAAGUGGGUUGCAGUCGUGGAGCUCUCUUUGCUCCUUGUUGGGACUCCUGCUGUGGAUGAUGGGUCGCCUCAGCCGGGCAUGGAUGGGGCUCCUGGUCCUGGGGGGAGUGCUGCUGGUCGCCUCUGCAACAGCUGGCUUACAAUAUGAAUAAAUACAUAGCAAAGAAUAAGUGAUGAAUGUGACUAACAAGUCAAAAGGAAGAAGCUUUAUUGGUCAUAAAAUCAAUGCAAGCAAUUCAUCUAGAGAAGCAUACAGUGUGGAUGAGUUUGCAACUAAAGUCCUUACUGGAAAACUGACUACGGUUUUCCUGCCAGUGAUUUACAUUGUUGUCUUUGUCGUUGGCUUACCAAGCAAUGCCAUGGCGCUAUGGGUCUUCUUCUUCAGAACAAAAAAGAAACAUCCUGCAGUGAUUUAUAUGGCUAACCUGGCCCUGGCUGAUCUCCUGUUUGUCAUCUGGUUCCCUCUCAAGAUUGCAUACCAUGUUAAUGGCAACAACUGGAUCUAUGGCAAAGUCCUAUGCAAAGUCCUGGUUGGGUUCUUCUAUGGGAACAUGUACUGCUCCAUUCUGUUUAUGACUUGUCUCAGCGUACAAAGGUAUUGGGUAAUUGUGAACCCCAUACUGCAGUCAAGAAAGAAGUCAGACAUUGCAAUAGCAGUUUCAGUUGCGAUAUGGAUACUAAUUCUGCUUGGCACCAUUCCAUUAUAUCUUGUGGACCAAACUGUUUAUAUCUCAAACCUCAACAUCACCACAUGCCAUGAUGUCUUGCCUCAAGCACAGCUAGCUCAUGACAUGUAUAACUACUUCCUCUCUCUAGCCAUUGGAGUUUUCUUGUUCCCAGCCAUCCUCACAGCUGUUGCCUACAUUCUCAUGAUAAAGACUCUGAAUGCUUCAAUUACGGAUGUAAACAUUGGAAAGAAGCGAAAGAGAGCCAUCCGACUCAUCAUUAUAGUUCUUUCCAUGUAUUUGAUCUGCUUUUUGCCUAGUAAUAUUCUGCUGCUUGUGCACUACUCUCACAUCAAAACCCACGGUGUCAGUAGCAUAUAUGCAGCAUACAUCACAGCACUGUGCCUUUCUACUCUCAACAGUUGCAUAGACCCAUUCGUCUACUACUUUGUUUCAAAAGACUUUAGGGAUAAUCUUAAAAAUGCUCUCCUCUGUCGAAGUGUGCGCACUACAAAGAGGAUGCAAAUCUCUCUCUCUUCAAACAGAUACCCAAGGAAAUCCCCCUCUUACUCUUCCAGUUCAAACACAACUAAAUCAACUUACUAAAUUUGUAUGGGAAAUCCAUAAAAAAACUGAACUACUAUUGCCAAGAGUUCUGAAUUUGCUUCUUUGUUUUUAAAUGGACUUAAUAAUAGUUUAUUUAGAAUAGAACAUCACUAAUGCUUAAAAAAGGCAUAUACUAGAACACUUGUCAAGUGGAAAAACAAAAAUUGAAAAUUGCUGUUGUGAUGUAGUUCUCUUUUUUUUAAAGGAAUAUACACAAAUUGAAAGGAUUCGCUUUUUGUGCAGACUUGCUAGUUCAUUGUAAAGAGAACUAUAUAGAGGACUAGGUAAAAAAAUUACGGUCCCAGGAAUUGCUACAAUGUCCAGGUAUUUUGAAUCAGAAGGGAACAGAGGAUGUAUGUAAUAGUAAAAUAGAGUUUUGGAGGGCACUCUCCUUGUUCAUGAGAAGCAACUCCUUUCUUACAGCUCAUAGACAGGGGGCUGUCAACCAGUCAUUUGUGUUUGUCAAACCUGUCAAACCAGAUUCUGUGAGGGUUCUGGAAUAUUGUAUUAUUGAUGUCCAAGUGACUAUAUUUGCACUGAUGCACACAUAUACAUCUGUAAUAUAUGUACACACACAUCUUUAUUUUAAAUAUACUGUGAAUAUGCAAUGUGACCAAUAUAUAUAGUCUUAAUGUAGCCUAUAAUUUUGUGCAUUUUAACUAACUGUACUUCAUUGAAAUAUUUUAAAUACCCAACAUUUUAAACUUUUUAUAAAGGUAUGCUUUUAAUAUACUCCAGUUAUUUUUGUUAUGAUUAUAAAGUGUAACCAUAUUUUUCCAGAGCUUAGUUGAUCAGUAUAUAAACUCAAAUUUGACUUUCCCAGUCACACAUAUACAAAACACACACAGAAAUAUGUCAGUGAAUGUGCAGAUUCAAGAAGCCUUUAUUCAACACAGUGGAUGGCUUGGUACCAGGGGUGGAGAAUUGAUCACGAUGUAGCAAAAACAGUAGUUGGUUCUAGUUAGAAAACCAUUUAUGCUGUGCUCUUUUCAUCAUUAUAUUACAUUUGCACCAUUUUAUCUAUAUUGGGUUGUCCUGGAUUGAUUCCCCUUCUCAUAAAAAAAAAUUGUGGCUGUAAAUUCAUACCCCAUACACUCAUUCAUUAUACUAAUUCCAUCAUCAAAACUGAUAAGACAAAAAGCAAGGCCUGGUCCAUCCAUGAGCUGGGCAACAAUGGUUUAGCUAAUGUUGGACUGAAAGAGACAUUGCUCCAGUCCAUCAGCCAGCUGAGUUGAGGCUAUUUUUGUCUUCCUAAUCACUGCCUUACCCUUCCACAAUUUUCUUCAGUCUCUGAGUCUAGGAAAAGGCAAGAUGAGACAAGAAAAAGCUGCAGAAUUGGAGAGAAGGCAGGACAGUAUCCUGCUGAUGCUGCAGAAAAGAUCUAGGUAAGCCAAGAUGGUACCUGUGAUGGAGAGGGCCAGGCUGUGUGAGAUGGGGGAUGGAUGGGGUCUCCCCAGCUCUUAAGACAACCAACAAACUAGCUUGGGGACUGUCUACUAUUCUUCUGGACCCCAAGGCAUUACCUGGAUCAUUACUGGGCCAGGUAGGAUGAAAAGGUCUCUUUGUAUUCUCUGUAUAAGGUAAUGAAAACUGUAAAUGUCUUCUGGUUUAAGGUUUGAUUAAGGAGGUCAUACUGGUGACAGUGUGUCAGACUAGAAAAGUUAGUUAAUUGAGCUAUAACUUCCAGAAUCCCCUAGUGUCUCUGAGCUGUGGGAUUCUGAAAGAUGUAGUCCAUAGUUACUUUUCCAGGCUCUGUUUGGUGUGAAGAUAGUGUAAAAAUACACAUUAAUGUAGACAAAUCAAAAUGUUGCUGUUUAAUUUUUUCAUAUUUCAGAGAAAACUGUUCCUUUGCCUGAUAUUAUUUAAAAUUAAAAUGUGCAUCCUGCCUUUGUCUGCAAAGCAGACACAAGCCAGCUUUCAACUGAACAGCUCAAAAGAGUAUAGCAAUAGCAAGGUUAAAGGAUGUCAAAAGAGCAGAUAGUUAAAACAAUGCAAGAGACAGAGGCAAUAAAACAACAAAUCCUAAAAGGCUUUAAAUGUCCACUCACAUGCAGUUUUCAAAGGGAUAGCCAUGUCAGUCUGCUGAAGGAAAAUAACAAAGAAAUAUGGAGCCAUGAAGGCUAGAAGAUUUAUUAUUUUGUAUUUUGUACACUAUGUGCAUGUUUGUGUGCAUGCAUGCCUUCAAAUUGUCAAUUUGUGAUGACCCCAUUAAUUCCAUGUGGUUUUCUUAUGUAGGGAGUUCUCAGAGGUGGUAUUGCCACUUCCUUGUUCUGAAAUAAUGCUUACAGCACUUGGCAUUCAUUGGUGGUCUCCCAUCCAGAGCUGAUCCUGCUUCCAAGAUCAGAUGGGAUCUACUACCUUUAGGCUAUUUAGGCUUUUUUGUGUGUGUGGAAUAUGAACUACUUUAUCAGAUAAGUGGAGUAUAAUCUUGGAGAAUGAGUAGGAAUCAUGCAGUCCUCUAACUGGGAAUUGCAAUCCAACAUCACCUGGAGAACAGCAUGGUUCCCACCCCAUUUUAAAGGUUUAGGUAUAUUGGGAAUUCUAAUAAUAGUUGGACAUUAUUGUCAAGAUGUUUCUGUUAUCACCCACAAUUGUUUUACUGAUUUUGAUUAAUAAAUAUAAUUGCUGGUCA